AUGAUCGACUCACCAGAUAUCAUACUUAUUUCUGAAACAUGGUUCAAAAAUGACUUAAUUAUCAAUAUUAGCAACUACAACUGCUUUUACAAUAAUAGAACAAAAAAACAAGGUGGAGGUGUUGCAAUUUUUACAAAAUAUGAUAUAAUUGCUUAUGAAGUAUCAGUUUCACCUUUAUAUAAAGAAGUUGAACAAAUAUGGUGUAGCAUUGUACUUCAUAAAACAAAAAUAUUAAUUGGAUGUAUAUACAGACCACCAAACAGUACUGACCUAAUAAAUAAUGCAAUUAAUGAAUUAAUAAAAACUGCAAAAAAGGAAGUAAUGAAUGGAAAAUACUCAAAUGUAAUAAUUGUUGAUGAUUUUAAUUACCCAAAUAUUGUUUGGAAUGAAGACGGAACUAUCGAGCUAAAGCAAAACUGCCAAACAAGCAGAGCAUUUAUUAAUAACUUGCAAAACAAUUAUUUACAUCAAGUAGUUAACAAGCCAACUUUUCAAAUGGCUGUUGAUAAACUAGCAAAUAUAUUAGAUUUAAUAAUAUGUGACGAUCUAGAUUUAAUAAUUAACAUUGAAUAUGAUGCUCCACUUGGUCAAAUUACUAAAAGCCAUUACAUAUUAAAAUGGGAAAUUAACAUAAUCAAUUCAUAUGAGAAAAAAUUCAACAAUAAGAGAUUUAAUUUUCGAAACGGAAAGUACAAAGAAAUGAAUCUCAUGUUUUAUAAAGUAAAUUGGGUUGAAAUCUUUGACAAAAUGAAUACAAAUCAAUGUUAUGAAUACUUUUUAAAAAUUUAUGAAAAAGCUUGCAAACAAUAUAUUCCUCGCCACUUCAAACCCACUAGUUCUAUCCAAAAUCCAUGCAUUAAUAAAAAAAUCAAGAAUCUAGUUAGAAAAAAACGUAGUUUAUGGUGCAGAGUUCGUGCUACAAACUUCAAGAACACAAACUUAAAUAAUGAAUACAAACUUAUCAACAAAACAAUUAAAAAACAAAUUAAAAAAUCUACUUUUGAUUAUGAAAUAAACUUAGCAAAAGAUGUAAAACAUAAUCCAAAACCCUUCUAUGCAUAUGCACAAAGAAAAAACCAGACACAUACAAAAUUGCUAGCACUUAAAACUAGUGACAACAAAAUAAUAACUGAUAAAAAAGUAAUUGCUAAUCUACUAAAUUGUAGUUUCCAAUCAGUAUUUGUCAAAGAAAAUCAAGAUUUACCAUAUUUCAGCAAUAAAACUAGUCAUUUAUUUGAAUGUGACUGGAACCAAGAACUAAAAGAAGAUAUUAUAUUUAAUUAUUUAUUAGAACUUAAUGAAAACAAGUCACUUGGUUGUGAUAACAUCAGUCCCUAUGUGCUAAAGCAUUGUGCAGAAGGAUUAUCCAAACCUUUGUCUUUAAUAUUCAAGAAAUCGAUACAUUCAGGAGAGCUGCCAGAAUUAUGGAAAUCUGCAAACAUUACACCACUUUUUAAAAAAGGAGACAAGAAAGAUCCACUCAACUACAGACCUAUCUCCUUAACAUCGAUACCAAGUAAGAUAAUAGAGAAAAUAAUUAGAAAAAAACUGAUAAUUUAUAUAACAGAAAACAAUCUGUUAACGUCUCAACAACAUGGAUUUAUACAAAAUAAAGGGUGCCUAACAAACCUAUUAGAAACUUUUGAUAUUAUUACAACUGAAAUUGAAAAUGGUUAUUCAGUUGAUAUAUUGUUCCUAGAUUUUGCAAAGGCAGUGGUAAUGGGUGAAGUUGUAUCAGAUUGGUGCGAGGUUUAUAGUGGUGUACCACAGGGCUCUGUAUUGGGUCCUCUUCUUUUUCUGUUAUAUAUCAAUGAUCUUCCCCAAUGUAUCUCUUCAAUCGCAAAAUUAUACGCUAAUGAUACUAAAAUCAUAUCUGUUAUAAAAGAACAUAAUGAUCUAACUAAUAUGCAAAAUGACAUUGAUUUGUUAACUGAAUGGUCAAAUGUAUGGUAA